UUUUCUUCUUCAUGCAAAAUAGAACAAACUUUACAAGAUUCCUAAACUAAUUCCUUCUCUCUGUCCAAUGUCUACAUACUUUACUAUUACUACUUAAAAACAAGACUAGGCUUCUGUUCAUCAAACCAAUUUCUCAUCUUCACAAUGAACACCUCAGACAGGUUACCCGUCCGGCAACCUGCUCCGAAUGCAAAUCCGAAUCUCAAACGCCACCACACUGCCCGCUACUAUGCCCACCGAGUCCAUGAAAGCCUCACGACUCGUGUCUCCAAGAUUGUAUGUGCUACUCUCUUGAUCAUUGUUUUCGUUCUUGGCAUUGUUGCUUUCAUUUUAUGGCUUAGUUUACGUCCACAUCGCCCCCGGGUCUUCAUAUCGGAUUUUUCCAUUCCGGCUUUAGGUCAACCAAGCGGAUUUGAUAAUGCCCAGAUUAUAUUCAAAGUAACAGCCCGGAAUUCGAACCAGCAUAUCGGGUUUUAUUAUGGUAAAGUGGAAGGGUCGGUUUUCUACAAGGAUAUACGAAUCGGUUACAUACCGUUACUCGAUCCAUUUUAUCAAGAACCGAAGAAUACUACUAUUAUGUCUGGUGUAUUAAGUGGGGCUACGUUGAAUGUAAAUAGCCAACGCUGGACGGAGUUUUUGUAUGCUCGAACUCAAGGAACGGUGAUCUUUCGUUUAGAUAUUACGGCAAGUAUUCAAUUUAAGGUGUCCACGUGGGAUAGUCAUCACCACCGGAUGCACGCCACAUGUGAUGUUGGAGUGGGCUCUGAUGGGUCCAUCUUGGCAAUUUAUAAGAACAAGAGAUGUCCUGUUUAUUUCACUUGAUUUAAUCGGUGUUUGAUUUGCUGCAUUUUCAUAUUCUUUUGUACAAUUUUACUUCUUAUUUUGGUUUUCAAACACAUUGUAAUCCCUAUUGGUGGCCAUUUAAUGUAUGAUUUAGUCAUUUGGAAAA